GACGUCUGGGGAAGUUGCUUAAUACUGGAAAAGCACAUUUCCUUUCACUGUAAAGCCCAAUGAUAGUAUAAUGCUUAUAUGCUUUUAGCUGCGCUAUUUCCCCAGUUUAUUUCCCUUUCAUAUGUCGGUGAUUUUUACCAACAUGACCGGACAGUAGAUAUCAUUAGACAUUGUUUGUCGGGAUGAGCAGCUCUUUGACUUCCGCUACUUAUGUCCGCAACAUCAGUUACGGUCUGCGGCGUCAGCUGUCCGACUUCCUGGACCCUCAGGACAGGUGGAAGGAUGUGAUUGUUUCCAUACGGAAGCCGAGCGGGGAGCAGCGGUACUCCCAGCUUCACGUUAGGAGGUUUGAGUCUCUUGUAGCUCAGGGGAAGAGUCCCACCGUGGAGCUGCUGAACGACUGGGGGACCAGUAACUGCACAGUGGGAGAACUGGUGGAUAUUCUGAAGAGCCACAGCUUACUGGCUGCUGCCUGCCUCCUGCUGCCUGAGGAAAAAUACUCCUUGGCAAAAACCCGGCAGCUUUCCUCUCCAUUACAGACUUACAGAGAUGCUCCAACCAGACCGCUGGAUGAGAGACCGAAUCAGUCUCCAAAUUCUGGAUCAACUCCAGAGACACAAGUCCUGAGUGAAAACAGUGAAACAGGACACACAGAUUUCUCCAGUUUUUUGUUCAGUGACCUGAGGAGGAUCACGGGCAACUUUGACGAUCGUUCCAUCUCAGAUGGAGGCAGCCGACUUGGAGAGGGGGGCUUUGGGACUGUAUACAAAGGUUUCCUGAACAACAGACCUGUGGCAGUAAAAAAACUAAACCCUAUGGAUGACAUGCCUUUGGAUAAGCUGAGAGAUCAGUUUAACCAAGAGAUCCAGACUCUGAGAGUGCUGAAACAUGAGAACCUGGUGGACAUGGUGGGAUUCUCUUGUGAUGAGCAGCAGCUGUGUAUAGUGUACGCCUACAUGGCGAAUGGAUCUUUGCUGGAUCGCCUCGCCUGCCUGGAUGGAAGUCUUCCUCUUUCCUGGCGACAGAGAUGCUUGAUUGCAGAGGGAACGGCCCGAGGUUUAGAGUACCUGCACAGCAACCAUCACGUACACAGAGAUGUUAAAAGUGCAAACAUCCUGCUGGAUGAGAACUUUGUGGCCAAAAUUUCUGACUUUGGGCUGACCAGAGCGUCUGCAAAGCACACGUCUACAACAAUGAUGACGGAGCGGAUCGUGGGAACCCGAGCGUACAUGGCUCCUGAGGCCCUGAGGGGACAGAUCACCCCAAAAUCAGAUGUGUUCAGCUUUGGAGUGGUGCUGUUAGAAAUAUUGUCUGGACUUCCACCAGCUGAUGAAAACAAAGAGCCCCAGUUCUUGAUGGAGAUCAGGGACAACAUAGAUGAUGAAGAUGAAGAUCUGACUCUGGAGCAGUUUGUGGAUAAGAAGAUGACAGACUGGGAGCUGAGCCAGGUGGAGAGCAUCUACUGUUUGGCUUCCAGCUGCUUGGAUGACAGGAAAAACAGGCGGCCAGUCAUCAAACAGGUUCUUUCAGAGAUUCGCAGUGUUGUCAAAAGCAACUCCUUGGAUUCUUAGGAAAGGAGGGAAACAAGAAGAUUUCCGAUC